UCAUAGCACCGCUCCUUCCAGAACGAUGGCGAUAGAUAUUCAAGCGACACUUUCUACCGCCAAGCGCCGUACAGUCGUCAAUCUAAGAACGAAAGCUCAUCUAGACGGUUGGGUCCUAGAAAGGCAAGCGACAUCUUUUGCGAAUGAGGGUACUUGGUCGAAUAUUGACUCCGAUGUCACGCCUCUCGAGAGAAGAACUUGGGGCUCUUGAUCACUCUUGGGAUUUUGGUGCAGUGAUGCUCUCAACGCUCAAGGCUGGGAAGGGCCAAGCGCUAUUAUCGCUGCCGGUCUGACAUGGCGGGAAGCGAUAUAUUUAUGAAUCACCGGAGGCAUGGUCGAUGCAAUCCCGCUUAUGCUCAACGGUACUAUCGGCGCUCACUAUCACAUUCCCUAUCCGAUUGUCGCCAGAGCGUCAUUCGGCUAUUACCUCUCGCGCUUUGCAGUUGUCACGCGAAUGGCAACUGCAUUGUUCUGGCAUGCCAUCCAGUCAUGGACCGGAAGUACCGCUAUGUUCCAAAUCAUCCGAGCUAUCUGGCCAGGCUUCUUGGACAUACCCAACCGCUUGCCCGAGAGCGCCGGCAUCACGUCUAACGAAUUGAUAGCUCAUUUCGUCUUCUUCUGCGUUCAGUUUCCAAUCUUGUUGACGCCUCCUCACAAACUCAAGUACUUCCUCGCUUUCAAGACUUUGAUCGUUCCAGUCGUCAGCAUCGCCACUGUUGUUGUGAUGGUGCGAAAGGCAGGAGGCGUGGGCGAUAUCUGGAAUCAAGAGUAUACCACCUCCGGCUCAGCCCGCUCUUGGAUUAUUCUCAACAACUUCUCAUCUCAAUGUGGAGGUUGGGCUACCAUGGCGACCAAUAUCCCUGACUUCACUAGGUACAUGCAUUCAAGCAGAGGUGUAUAUUGGCAGGCACUCUUCCUGCCUGUAAUCAACCUCUUGAUGUCUAUGUUCGGAGUCAUCAGCACUUCCUGUGCCAAGGUCGUGUAUGGGGAGUAUAUAUGGUCUCCAUUGGAGCUGGCUGCGCAAUGGGACGGCCCUGGUGGUCGAUGUGGAGCUUUCUUCGUCGGCUUCUGCUGGGUCGUCGCGCAGAUUGGCACGAACUUGUCUGCCAGCGUCAUCUCAUGCUCGAAUGACCUGAUCAGCCUUUUCCCAAAACACAUCAACAUGCGCCGAGGCGUUAUUCUCACCACCUUUACGUCAUGCUGGAUCAUGGUACCUGGAAAAUCGUUUAUUCCGCGAGUUCCCUUCUCACCUUCAUGUCGGGGCUAGCUAUCUUUCUCGCUCCCAUUGCUGCUCUACUCUGUACGGACUACUGGAUUGUAAAAGGUCGCAAUUUCGAUGUCCCAGCUUUGUAACGACGACGAGAUCGCUAUUGGUAUACUAGCGGUGUCAACUGGCGUGCUGCAGUUGCCUUUAUCAUCUCUGUGGUGCCGAAUACGCAGUGACACCCAUCAUAACAAGAACAGCGCUUGUAUAGAUAACAAGGCUCCCGAAAUUCUUCUCGAUAGGCGGAAAUAUGCAUUGUCAUCUCGCUGUACU